AGACCUCGGGUUAUUACUCAUGCGAUGCGUGCGUGCACCGCUUGUGGCCCUGAGUGGGAAUCGUUUUGGCUGCAGACGACAUAUAUACGCCUUCGUCCCGUCACACAAUGCUGAUCAUCUUCGAAAACCAACUACACGUCAGUUAAAACAGCAAUAUGAAACUUUUCGCUCCUAUCAUUCUUGCCUUGGCCGCCGCGUCCGAAGCCGCGUUUUGUAAUGGCGGUUGGGGAUUACCGGGUGGUUCUACAUGUCCUGGUGCCUACCCAAACUCCUUCUGCUGCCAGAGCCCUGGAGCGCCUAGCAGGAACUUUCCUACCUUUAGGAAUUGCGUUUACCCUGGUAGUGGGGGGAGGCCGAGUCUGAAUGGGUGUGGUGCUGGUGGUACUAUCAGCUGCUGCGGUUGAUUCCGUCGCUCGUUAUUGUGGAUCUUUCGAGACGUUCUCGCUGUUGGUGUGACUUCCAACUUGCUGCUUGGGCAGAAAGGCUUCUAGACAUUAGACUUCACCUUUUUAAUAGAUUGUGCUGUGUUACUUCGUUGC